CCAUACCAAGGUCUUCGUGCCGAGAGCACCAUCAGACCUUCUUCUCAUCGCACUCUGCGAGAAGACGAGCAAUCCAGAAAUCCAAUGGCCGGAGAUGGGAAGAAAAGAGAGCUGGUAAAGGGUCCAUUGGAGAAAAUGCAGCAAUGUCCCAAGGCGUCGGCUUCCAGUACGACCAUCAACUUCGCCCAACCACAGACCCAUGACCAGCGCGUAACCGUUUUCGACUCGAGCACAACGUCUGAACCGUUUCUCGAUUCAGUGGUGCUUGAGAAUCUGAGGAAGAGGCAGCAGAUGGAGAACGAGCCGAAGAGUGUCGGGCACAGCUCGACGACAUGAAUCAUGUAUCGAAAUCAAUUGCUAAAUCGCCAUCCAUCUGGUUCGGCCGUGCUAUCUAGUUGUACAGCUCGUCAUUUC